ACUAUUUCUGAGGAUGUCAAUGAUCCAAUGGACUUUCCCAUACAGACCAUCGGCUAUGAGCAGGCAAGACAAUACCUCACCAAUAUGUCCUAUCCAGCAGCUCCAGCUGACUGGCAGGGUAUCAAGCUUAGAAACCACACCUUCAAGGUUGGACCGGGCUUCAACUCUCACGCUGAGAAGUUCAAGAUGAAGGUCAACAACGUCCUCACAACGGAAACCAUCACAAAUAUCUUUGGAAUGAUCAAAGGAGAUGUAGAGCCAGAUCGAUAUGUGAUUAUUGGAAACCACAGAGAUUCACUGACCUAUGGGGGAGUAGAACCAGGAACUGGAACAGCCAUUUUGAUGGAACUUGCUCGUGUCCUCGGAGGACUCUAUAAGAAUGAUGGAUGGAGGCCGAGGAGAACCAUUAUUCUAGCCAGCUGGGACGCAGGAGAUGACGGGAAUAUAGGAUCAGCGGAAUGGGUGGAGGAAAAUGUUGAGGUAUUACGAGAGAGAACUGUUGCCUACAUAAACCUUGAUGGUGCUGUGGAAGGAAAUUACACGUUCUCAGCUACAGGGAGCCCUCUAUUGACGGACAUCAUAUAUUAUGCUACCAAGAGGGUAAAAUGCCCGCAUGCAGCCCAUUCUAACAACAUGAGGGUCUAUGAGAACUGGGUGAAGAAAAAGCCCAGUCAAACAGGGGCAGAGAUUGAAGCUCUUGGCCUUGGUAAUGAUGCAGCCCCAUUCUUACACGUUGCAGGAGUGCCUGUACUGGAUCUCAAGUAUACAUACGAUAAGGAAUAUUACGGGGGCAUUCCCACAUAUCCUGUCAAGCACACGGCCUAUGAUACGUAUGACUACGUGAAGCGUUUUAUCGAUCCCGAUAUGUCGAUACACGUUGCUGUGACGGAAGUCGUUGCCGAGGCACUUCUCUCGCUGGCUGACGAUCCCCUGCUUAAGAUUAAUGUGGUGAAUUAUGCAGACAAGCUUGUGGAAUACCUGAGAGAACUGAACAUGAAGAACUUCACUGUACCCCUUGAUGAAGGACUAGGUCACCUAAAUCAAGCUAUACAGAAGUUCACUGCAGCUGCCCAAGAAUUCCACAACCAGUACUACAUUCCACCCGAUCUCGUUGAUGAAACCCAUUUACGUGAGCUGAAUGACAGAGUGAUGUUGGUAGAGAGAGCCUUCUCUGGGGAUCCGGGCAACUAUUAUCUACCUCAGCUCAGACACGUGGUAUAUGGCCCCUCAAUGAACGGGUACGAGGGUCAAGGGUUCGGACCCUUGACCAGAGCUCUCUACAUGGCUAAAUGGCUAAAAAACUGGGAACUGGUCCAGCCCGCCCUCUCUGGAACCAUCGCAAGGAUAGAUUCUGCCGUUCAUCUCUUAACUGGGACUCCUUUAUCCGCAGCCGUCCCGCUCACCUAAUGACUAUUAUGUUGGUGAAAUAUGUAUGAUCUCAAUGAGAGCAACUUGGUAAUGAACAUCUGCCUUGUCACAUUCAACAAAACUUUUGUGAUGAACAAUUUGCUAUAGAUAAAGUCUCGGAGAGAGUGAUGCUAAGCAUCACCGCAAGGUUCCAUGAGACAACAAACAUCCAAGGUUGUUAACCUCUAAACUUACGAAGCAAACAGUGGAUUGCUGCAAUAAAUUUUUAUCAAACACAGUUUACUCUAUCAAGUAGAAAUCCCCCCCCCCCCCCCCCCCCCGUUAUAUGGUUUCUUAAAUGUCAAUUCUGUGUUCUAAACACCACAUUCCGGUGACAUCUACAAAACAAUAUGAUGAAGCAAUUAUUAUGAAAAGUGAAAACCUAUAAGAAAGUUUCUGUGCAAUUAGCUUGAAAACACUACGAACAAGUUUGAUUGGCAGAAUUGUCACUUGCGCAUGGUUUUGUUAUAUUGGAUUAUUCUUUAAUUUCCAUCAUUUUCACUGUGUUUUUUCUUAAUUCAAUUAUUUUGGCCUGGAAAAUUGUGUUUUCCAUGAAAUUCUGUGAUUUGUUUGUGUUUUCUGGAGAAAACUGGGGACUCUACUCUAUUAAUAGAAAUUUAGAAAAUAAGUUUAGUUUAUUUAGGUUUACAUUAUGCAAGUCUUUGUCAUAAGAUUGAUGUGCUUUAUUCACCUAACUGAUAGUGAUUGUGAAAGUUUAUGUCCUCUUGAGAGGGGAGAAUUAUUUUGACCGUGAUCAUUUCAAACAGCACAAAAUGCUUGUCUGAUGUCUCUUUUUGUGAAUACUGCCAAUGCAAUAAUUAGAUAAGGUAUUUCUCAUUUUUCUUUUUCACUUUUUUUAACUUGAUUUUGAUCUCUAAGCAUUGGACAUUUUGGGCCUUUGGUCUUAAGCAGACUAGCCCUAAAGUUUGAAAUUACCUUUUUAUCAAUAAUAAGGGAUAUAAUUUUUGUGUUUCAUUUUUUUUAAUGAUAUGAACAUUGUUUCUGGUAAUUGAUUUUUGUUCCUGCAUUCCAAUCAGCAUACUGUGGCUUUUUUAUUCUUGUAUUCAAAUUUUCUUUAUAAGGUUGUCUUAUAUCAAAUAAUGCAAUACCAGGCGUGUUUAGGGGGUUUUCUCUCUAUAAGAUUAAUUGAAGGCCUUGGAUGCCCUACGGAUUGCACUUUGAGGUCUGUAACACAAAGCUUAGCAAUGAUCAUAAACACAUUUUCUACGAUUGAUUGCAUUGACUACAAUGUAUGAAUGUACAAUCAAUUGUUUAAAUCAAGCAGAAGUUUAAUCGCUAAUCUUUGUGCUAAGGGACCCUGGGAUAUUUUUGUAUCCUUUUUAAAUUUUUCCUAUUUUGUGCUGGAGCCUUGCCCUAUGAAUAUCAAAGUGUAAAGUCUGUUAAUGUCACCAGCUAUUGUCUUGUGAAGCAAACCAGAGAACCUAUGGCUGUUACAAGAGUAAAUUGUGAAAUUCAUGAUACUGAUUUUGAUGAAAUACAAUGUAUUUUUUGUACAAGUAUUUCUGUUUUUUCACUGUGAUUUUGAUAAUGAUGUUGCCUUGUGGACUAUGCCAAGCCUUUGUAUGCAGACAGUUUCAGCGAUUCCACAACAAUUUUUUUACUUUUAACAAUCCGUAUAUUACCCAUCUUCAAUAUUGUUGACUGGAUACUGAAAUAACCUGGGCUGAACUAGAUCCAUUAGGCAUCCUACACCUCAACAAUAACCCUUUAGUUCUCAAAUAAAGCUUCUGAAGUUUUAUUCAGCUGUUUGUAUAUUUACAUGUGCAUUUGCCAUAUUGAGAGAGAGAGAGCAACUUGUUUAUAUGGUGAUAUGAAGUGCGAAUAAGGCUUUAAUUUCGCCUUUUACUGAUAUAUUUAUUGUUUGACAAGAUAAUGACAGUAUUUCAAGUAAUUUUGAUAUUUUCUUUCAUUUUACUUGAAUUGGGGCUGCACAUCAUUUACAACAAAUUUUCUCUGAAAAUGUGUGUCAAUUAACUUGAGGAAUUCACAUCAGCAGUAAUUUAAAGAUUUAGAAGUGUCAAUUGAACUCAGCCCUUGAUUUUAUUUUAAAAGCCAUUGAGAAUCUAGAUUUAGCCAUAAAAUAUGUAAGAGUGCUGAAAACGUUUAUUUUGUACUGCCUGUUGGGUGCUCAACCUCUAACAAGAUAUAUAUUGAAUAUUGAGAAGAUAUUUGGGGCAAUUUACUUGUAUUUUACCCUUUUUUUAUUCACAUCACAAAGUUUCUAUGAAAUAUUGCCCUAUAAUUUGUUAAUGUACAUUUGUAAUAAUCGUUUCUUGUGCUGAAAUUGUAAGAGGCUCGGUGUACUUGUACAGAGUUUUAUUGGUGUGUGGUAGUGCGUAGUUAAGGUGGUUUGUUUGUGAAAUUAUGACCUGGGUGUUGGUUUUUAUUGUAGAGUGUUAGCCAACUUAGCCUGUAGAUACCAUUCAAAAUUUCUAAAUCUAAAAGAUGUUUUCUUUUGUGUGUGUUAAUUUGUUGUAUUUGAUUAAUUCUGUGUAAUUGAUUCUUCAAAGUUUCUAAAUCUAACAGACGGUUGUGUGUGUGUUAAUUUGUUGUAUUUGAUUAAUUCUGAGGUAUUGACUUGGUGGCUUCAUUCAUUUUUCAGUAUCAUGAUUGUAUAUGAUGUGAGUUGGUUUUAAACAUGUGUUUGUAAUUAUGAUAAAUUACUACAACUUUGCUGCAAUUUCUGUCGGUCUUUCACUUUUCUCUGUGAUCAUCUAAUCACCAAAUUUAUGUUAAAUAUCGAUGACAAUGUCACCCUUGUAUUCGCUGCACUCUAUAUGGAAAAUAGUUUCUUGGGGUAUAUUUUCUCCAUGAUAUAACAGAAUGAAAUAUUAACUUUGUGUCUUGAAUGAGAGCAGUAAAUGUCAGGGGCCUGAUGCAGAGAGUUGUGAUGCAAAUAAGAAAUAGCAGUCGCAAGUUCCAACUUCCUGCUUUUCAUCGGUUGAAAGUCAGGUUGCGCUUGAUUUUUGGAAUUGCAUUUGAUUACAACUCUUUCUACAAAGGGCCCCGGAAACAAAUUGUAGAUUGAAAUGGUUCUUCUGAAAUGAUUUGACUUUGAGACAGGUUUAGUAUUUGUUUCUGUGGUAAAGACACACAUACAGUGGUGCUCAAGUUAGUGAACCUCAUCAGAAAAUGAAGAUAGUUAAAGUGUUCAAGUUGUGCCAUGUUUUAGAUAAUUAAUUGUGAAGUUAGGUGAUAAAAUAUUACUUUCAAGAAAGUUUGUUUCUAUGGGCUCGCCGGAAAUUGUAGUGUUGUUGUCGACACUCAGCACGAAGGAGUGCAUUUUGUGGUGGGAUUCACUAACUUUUGAGCUUAACUCAAGAUGGGAUUUCUGGGGCUCGUUGCACAAGUAGUCAUGUUUAAUCACAACCAAACCAAAAAUCAAGUAUAAGUCCCAAAUACAGGCUUUUGAUUGUUUGCAAAUUAACUUGCGAGGUUUAUUUGCAGUUGUGUUUGAUUGCGAUAUUUUGUGCAACAGCCCCUGGUAUUAUGCGGUUCAUCUGUAAGUUAUUAGAAUAUGCAGGUGGAAGAUCUUAUCUGAUUUACUAAAUACAGCAUAAAAUGAACUUCUUGUGAAAAUGGGGCAAAUUUUUCAGCAGAUACCUGUUAGAAGACUUUCUUCAAUUAAUGUUGUGUGCUACUAGCCUGCUAUACAUGUACAAAUAAAGUAAUAUAUUUUAUUAUUGUUUGAUUGAAUUGAUUGAAGUAUAUUACAAUUUAUAAGGCCGUGUGUCAUAAAAUCUAUAAUUAAAAAGCUAAUUAUAAAGUAUAAAAAUGUGUCAUUUGAUAUGUUGAAAGCAGAUUUGUUGUUGAAAUAAACACAUUUCAUGAAACAGUGCUCUAGUACCGAAUUUGAAAUUGAUAUUUGUGACCAAAUUCAUGAAAAUCAGUACUCGAUUCAACAAUUUUAUAUUUUCACAUCGUGCGUACAUCUACUUUUUGUUCCCAAUUCAUUUGUUAACUUUUUAGAACUUUUUUUUCUAGGGAGAUUUUGGUGUUAUUUGGUAUUUGCCUGAUCGCUAAGAAAGCAUGAAUGCUUUUUUCGCAAGAAACAAGAGGACCCAACAUUUUAAGGUUCUUUCCAAGGGACCUGGUAAUCAGGAUAGAUGCAGGACAAACUCAAGUUAUUAUGCUUCCUAUACAGCCCACUCCAAAAUUUAACAGCUGAUUUUAUUAAAAAUAUGUUUCAGACACAUGCUCUGUUUUGAUUGGUUAAUUUAUCUAUUUCCUUGUUUUUAAGGUUUGAAUACACACAAGCGUUAAAGUGGUCUAAAUUACAUGUGAAGGUUUUCUAAGUCACUGCAGUGCUGAUUUCUAAUGUUCAGCAUGAUGCAUGUUCACAACAACACAUUUUUUAUCUUAUUUUGCAAAAUGAAUUCAAGGAAUUGAAGAUACCGUAAUUCUUAUCUUUAUCUGUGUAGCAUAGUGAUAUAUGGGACCCAUCAAUUUUUCAUGCACAAAAUCAUUCUCAGAAAAUCAAGUGAGCGUUAUCAUGCACUAUUCCCAGUCAUUUAUGAUUAUUAAUCAAUAAUUUGUCUCGUCUAUCAAAAAUGUUAUGCAUGAAGUACAGUUGUAUCUAUUUUAAAGUUGGACAUGUGAAUCAAUUUGUAAAUAAUUGUUACUAUCUUGUAUUAUUCAACCAUAUUGUUUAUCUAAAUAUGAUUAUUUUUCUGUUUGUACAAAGUACUAACUGUAAUAUCCAUUUUAAGUACAAACUCAAAUUUAUUACGAUGUAACGUUGUUUGAUACGUCACCUCGUUCAAAUAUUUCAUAUUUUUCCAAUGUAUUAAAAAUGUUUUAUUCAUGAUUUUAUUGAAAUACAUGUAUAUCGUAGGUGCAUUACUGUGGUCAGCUUACUGUAUGCUAUAUAUGUAUAUUGUAUUUUUUUUUAUUAAGAGAUUGUUUUUAUCUCUUACUAAUGUGAUGUAGUAAUUCAUUGUGUCAACUGCAUGUAGUACUGCUGCCAGUGUAUCAAGUUUUAAAAAAAUUUAAAUCGGAAUUGAAUAAAUGGGUGAUGUCACGUUAGGGACAUUGCCUUUGCUAUUUUUUUUACUUCUUUGUAAAAUAAGACACAAAUCGAUGAUUUCAUUGAAAUUCAAAGUAAACAUUUAUUGGUCAUUUGUGUUCAGGACAUAUUCAGUUCAAUUAUUUGACUCUCUUUGUUCUCAGAAAAAGCCAGUGGAGGCUUAAUUUCUGUUUCCAGCAGACAAAAAAUAUUUUGAAUCAUUUUAAAAUUUGUAUUUGUAGUUAUUAAAAAUGACUUGUAAGUUUAUAUCACAAUGUAUCAUAUUACUGAAUUUGUGUAAUAGAUGGCCCUUUUAAUCUCUCACUUUAAUGUGAGCAUGCUUAAUUCAUUCUCAAGUGCUUUUUAUAUCUUUGAAACUGUUACCUUUAUACCUUAAGAUCAUUAACACUAUUACUGCUGCUAUUUUGUAUUUUCCAUGGUACUUUCUAUUCCAGCACAAAGAAAAA